AUAGAAUUCGAUUCAAUAAAUACUUUUCAUGAUUUGAACAAGAAAUUUAUAGGAGUCUCUAUAAAUUUAUUGUUCAAAUCAUGAAAAGUAUUAUUGAUUACUAUGAGAAUCGGUUUACGUGUGACAUGAUGAAUAGCAAACAUGGCAGAUGAAACACCAAAUGAUUUGAAGGAGGAGGUUGUUGAUAUUGCGCCAUUCGAUCCUACUAAGAAGAAGAAAAAGAAGAAAGUUACAGUUGUAGAUCCGGCAGAUGAUGAAUCAGUGGAUAAAUUGACCGAGAAGACAGAAAAUCUGUCAGUUUCUGAUGGGAUUGAUACAUUUGCUGGUUUGAAAAAGAAGAAGAAGAAGCCUGUUGAAAUCACUAACUUAAAUGAGGAGAGUGGAGAUGCAGUCGAAGAUUUGGAUGAUUAUGCUGAAGAUGAUGAAGAAGAAGCGGUUGCUUUGCAUCCUCGUUAUCCUUGGGAAAGGAGUGACCGUAAUUAUCAAUAUGAGGAGCUUCUUGGCAGGGUGUUUAAUAUUCUACGUGAAAAUAAUCCAGAACUUUCUGGCGGUCCGCAAAGGACAGUUAUGAGGCCUCCUCAAGUUCUUCGUGAAGGCACAAAGAAAACCAUUUUUGUGAAUUUUAUGGAUCUGUGCAAAACGAUGCAUCGACAGCCAGACCAUGUUAUGGCUUUCUUGCUUUCUGAACUCGGUACUACUGGCUCCCUAGACGGACAACAGAGAUUGGUUGUAAAGGGAAGAUUUGCACCAAAGAAUUUUGAAGGAAUUCUACGACGAUAUGUCAAUGAAUACGUUAUUUGUCUUGGAUGCAAGAGUCCAGACACACUACUUACAAAGGAGAAUCGUCUAUUCUUUCUCCGGUGUGAGAAGUGUGGAUCAGGAAGAUCGGUUCUUCAAAUCAAAGCUGGUUUUGUUGCUCGUGUUGGCCGAAGGAAUGCAGGCGGAACAUGAUUUGUCCCUAUUUUUUAUUUGUUGUUGAAAUUGGUUGUGAAAACAAACAUUUUAUAAAUUUUAGUCCAUUUGUUGUAACGCUCACUUCUAAUAGAGUUUGUUGUGGUAUGCCUUCUUAAAGGGUAAAAGCAUUGUUAUCAUUUUUUGGGGUCAAAUAUGUUUCUUUCAAUGAAAAUCAUAUUUGCUCAUACUAUUUCAAGUGUUUACGCCAUUUCGAAAAUAA